UUCACAAUAUUAAAUUAUUAAUGCGCCGGCGGGCAGCGGAUUCGAUGCAUAUGCCGCCGCUGCUGUCCUUGACAGUCGUGGCUGCACUGACUGACGACCGUCAACAACAACAACAACUGCAACAACAACAACAAUAGAGUGUCAACAACAGUAGUGCAAGCAAAAACAAUGCCUGGGGGCAGCAAUGAUACAACGCCGCUCUACUGCGGCACGGGCAUGGAUAAUUUUCAUACGAGUUAUAGGAAUAUGCAUGGCUAUGUUUCGCUGGUGGUUUGCAUACUGGGCACCAUCGCCAAUACACUGAACAUAAUUGUUUUAACACGCCGCGAGAUGCGUUCACCCACCAAUGCCAUCCUCACAGGUCUCGCGGUGGCAGAUCUGGCCGUGAUGUUGGAAUAUAUACCAUACACGGUGCACGAUUAUAUACUGAAGGAUAGCCUGCCCAGGGAGCAAAAGUUGAGCUAUAGUUGGGCCUGCUUCAUCAAGUUCCACUCGAUUUUUGCCCAGGUGCUGCACACCAUAUCCAUCUGGCUGACAAUUACGCUGGCUGUGUGGCGUUAUAUUGCCGUGGGUUAUCCGCAAAAGAAUCGACUGUGGUGCGGCAUGCGCACCACUAUAAUAACCAUAACGACAGCGUAUGUGGUUUGUGUACUUGUGGUUUCACCAUCGCUUUAUCUGAUCACAGCAAUUGCGGAAUGGAUGGAUCAGCUGGAUGCCCAAGGCAAGAUGAUAAAUAGCAUACCAAUGAGUCAAUAUGUUAUUGACUACAGGAACGAAAUGCAGACUGUGAUGGUGGCUGCUCUGAACGCCACACCCACUAGCCCCAUGUCCAAUGAUACUCAAUGGUUAAAUAUGACUGCAUCUAGUCCUAGUCCCAGUCCUAGUCCUAGUCCUAGUCCAAGUCCUACUCCUAGUCCUAUAUCCGUACCUGUGGUGGUGCGCAAUGUGACCGUCUAUCGACUCUAUCACAGCGAUCUGGCGUUGCAUAAUACCUCCCUGCUGAAUGCCACGUUUCUAAUAUACAGUGUGGUUAUCAAACUGAUACCUUGUAUUGCAUUGACAAUACUCUCGGUGCGUCUCAUCCUGGCGCUGUUAGAGGCAAAGCGCCGAAGAAAGAAGCUGACCACCAAACCGGGGAAUAGCAAUGGCGCCAAGUCUGUUGUCAAUGGCAAACCGUCAGAGCGACCACGUAAGAAUAGUAAAACACUGGAGAAGGAGAAGCAAACAGAUCGCACCACUCGAAUGUUAUUGGCGGUGCUGUUGCUCUUUCUUAUCACGGAAUUUCCACAGGGAAUUAUGGGACUGCUGAACACUGUGCUGGGCAAUGCAUUUCUCAUGCAAUGCUAUUUCAAACUGAGUGACCUUAUGGAUGUGCUGGCUUUAAUCAACUCGAGCAUUAAUUUUAUACUAUACUGUUCUAUGAGUAAACAAUUUCGCAGCACAUUUACGCUGCUGUUUCGACCCAAGUUUCUCGACAAGUGGAUGCCGGUGGCACAAGACGAACUGACUGCCACACGGGUGGAUGGAUUACAGCGGUCAGUGGUGGCAGCGACGCCUGACAACUGCCAUCAAACGAUGACACACAAGCAGCCGCAAGUGGUGACACUUGCUGCUGCCAGCACCGUGACAAAUAACACCACCCAAGUGACAAAUCUGUAGCAACAGCAGAAGCAGCAAUCGCGUUGCUUAUCAAAACCGCCAAUUGAGCUCAUUCUCAGCCGGGAGGAUGUUGGUAGCCUGAAGCGUAGCUCGAUUGUGGCAGUUGUGGACGAGGGCAGCGGAACUGUGGAUCAUUGCUUGUUUGUGGCCGGAACAUUGCCCAUUAGCAGUUCCAAUUCCAGUUCGACGUAGGUUGAAGUUGUGAUGUAAGUUUCAGCUAAUGAAUAUGUAAAUGUUUUGUGGUCCAAAACGACAGUUUAAGGUUGAUAAGAAUUUUUUUGGUGGUGCGCACAAUAAACUUCUGCAUACAUUAGAAUGUUUUGCAUAACAUACAUAUAAAUAAAAUGAAAGCGCUCCUACGCACCAUUGGUUUCGCUGCAGUGCAAUGUAUAAAAAAGGCGCCAUGUCGCUCUCGCCAGAUGCAAAUCAAGCUGAAUGACUACGCAUAUACGAUUUAAUUUGAAUUCUAUGAGAAUGUGUAUUUUGCGCAAAAAAAAAACAAAAACUACGAAUUUUUUACAAAAGGAGCAACUAUUCAACGUUGUCAU